AUGGACUACCAAGCUGUUCAAAAGGCAGUAAAACAAUAUAUUGACAAGUAUAUACCUGCUACAGCUGUAGGACACCAACAACAAUUCGAUUACUCCGCUUUAAGAAAAAUAGCGUUGAAAGUUGGUGUAUCCACCGCAGUCGUUUAUUUCAUAUUCAAUGUUAUUAUCUAUCGACUGUAUCUUCAUCCUUUGCGAAAGAUGCCAGGCCCGAAAAAGCUAAGCUCAAAGUUUCUUCCUUUCCUGGGCAAUUAUCCCGAAGUGGUCAAGGAAAAGGAAACGGGUCAGGUUAUGAAUAAAUGGGCUAAGCAGUUUGGCGGUAUCCUUGCAUUUUAUGGUCCUUGGAAUAGACCGCGAGUCCUCGUAACAGAUGAUCAACUCUUGAAACAGGUUCUCACUACUAGAGAAUACGAUUUUGUCAAAACCCCAGAAGCUUCAAGAUUUUUGAAAGGUAUCCUGGGGAACGGUGUAUUAUUGGCAGAGGGCGCCGCCCAUCGUCUUCAACGAAAGAUGUUAAAUCCUGCAUUUUCAGUAAAUAAUAUAAGGGCUUUUGUACCACUGAUGGCAAAACCAGGCUAUCAAUUAAGAAGUAAAUGGCUCGAUGUCAUCAAAGGAAAAGAAAAUAAAGUCAAAAGGCAAACUAAUGAUGAUGGCAUAAUAGCUGCAGACAGCAAUCAAGAAGAACAAGAAGAAGAAACCUUUACUGAAUUAGAAGUCUCCAGUGGUCUAUCUCUGGCCGCUUUGGAUGUCAUUGGAUGGGCUUUGGGUGAAGAUUUCAAAUCUUUAGAGUCUGCAGGCACGCACCAUCAAAGUAAACUAAGUCAGGCGUACCUUCAUAUAUUUUCCAAUGAUAUGUCCAUGAUGAGGAUUUUGGCAUUUAUCUUCCCCUUUCUUAGCAAGCUCCCUACUGAAAGAAACCGAAGGAUAAAAAGAGAUUUGAAAUGGUUGGAGGAAGAAAGCCGAGCCUUAGUACAGAGAGGAAUGAAUCGUGUGGCAAAAGCAAAAGCAGUCGGCAUUAAUUUGAAUCACCCUGCUAAUAACAGGCACAAAGACCUUUUGACGACUAUGAUUGAAUUAGUCGAUGACGAUACAGGCAAAGGUUUAACUUUGGAAGAAAUCCGAAAUCAAUGUCUUACCUUUUUAGCUGCAGGUCAUGAAACAACAAGUGUUAGUUUAAGCUGGUGUUUAUGGUUGCUUGCUCAGUAUCAACAGAUUCAGGACAAUCUGAGAGCAGAGGUCCGUACCUUGUUCAAAGAACAUGACAACAAUGACGGUGAUAUCAAUAACGUACCAACUUAUGAUGAAAUCAAUGCUUUACCGUUAUUAAACAAUGUGGUUCGUGAAACCCUUCGUCUUAUUCCGCCUGUCCCAUACACAAGUCGUAUCACUCGUGUUCCCUGUCGUUUUGGGUUCAUAUUUGUAUUUUUGAAUAUUUUGGGUAAUCAUCAUUCAGAAACCAUCUGGGGAGAAGAUGCUAAAGAGUUCAAUCCUUACCGUUGGGAAGAAGGUAGUGGCCGUCCUUUGGGUAAUGCUUAUCAAUACAUGCCUUUUCUCGCUGGUGGACGACAGUGUAUUGGUUACAAAUUUGCAUUGGUAGAGUUCAAGCUGUUAUUAGCAAUUUUGAUUAAAGACAUACAGUACUUUGAAAAACCAGGCUUUCAAGUGACAAAGAAGCAACAACUUACGCUGAGACCCUUCCCCAACAUGCAGUUGUGGGCAAAAGCUAUUUAA